GGAGCAUUGGUGCACUAAUUAGCAGUUUGAUGUCACUUAGAAAUUUUUUCUCUGAGAAUAAAGUAGUCGACGAAGAAUGUGAUGAUAAAACUGCUGAAGAUUCACUAGAAAAUAUCAAAGAUGAUAAUGAACUUAAAAAAUUGAGUGUUAAAGCUGAUAAUACAGAUUUUAAUUAUGAUGCUAAAGAACUUAAUAAUAGGAAUUCUCUGUUUUUUGAAUGGACAGUUAUCAUUUUCAUCGGUUUUUCUUGUUUUUGUUUAUGGGGAAUUAUUGCUACUUUCUUUUGCUUUGAAUAUAUCAUUCCAUUAAUAGAGAACAAAAAUAAGAAUGUCAAUGAGGAAUUUCAACUAACACUCGAAUUAAAUGACAUUGUAAAUAAAGUCAUUGAAGAAAAAGUCAUGAAAAGUAAAGAUAAGGAAUCUGAACCAACAAUCGGAUUAAACAAGAUU